AUGGUGUCAGGAUGUCUGACGGGAGGCAGCGAACUUUGUCCACCUCUGGAGAGUCUCUGUAUCAGAUCCUGGCUCUGGAGAAAGGCUGCAGCCAUGACGACAUCAGGAAGUCCUACAGGAAGCUGGCGCUGCGGUACCACCCGGAUAAGAACCCGGACAACCCGGAGGCGGCGGAGAAGUUUAAGGAGCUGAACAGCGCUCACGCCGUCCUGUCCGACCUCACCAAGAGGAACAUCUACGACUCGUACGGGUCUCUGGGACUUUACGUGGCCCAGCAGUUCGGAGAGGACAACGUCAACACGUACUUCAUGCUGUCCACCUGGUGGGCUAAGGGUCUGUUCCUGGUCUGUGGGAUCCUGACCGGAUGUUACUGCUGCUGCUGUCUCUGCUGCUGCUGCAACUGUUGCUGUGGGAAACUCAAGCCGAUGCCCACAGGCGAGGGGGCGGAGCCAGACUAUGUCUCGCCUGACGAUCUGGAGGAGGAGAUGCGCAAUGAUCCUGACGCCGACCUUGAAACUCCGAUCGUUCAGCAGCCGACCAACGCCAGCGAGAAGACGCAGCUGAUCACCGACGGACACCGCAGAUACGGAGACACCUACACAUGAAGCUGACAGGAAACAGGAAACGCAUCACUGCUUUAAUGACCCACGUGAAACUGUCACUCGUUCUGCAGCUGGAUCAUAGAAACACCUUAAAUCAGCUCGCUGUAACUAACUGUAGGAACUAAAGUAGAAUUUCUAAACUGAAUAACUUGAUUUGAGGUUGAAGCAACAGUUUGACGUUCUCCUCUCAGUUUCAGAUGAUUAUUUAAUUCCCCCAAAUUAUACUUUUAGCAGACAAGAUAUAUAAAAUAAAUUAAGAUCCAUAAUAAACAGAAGUGUGUUUAACGGCGCUGCGCCUCAGACUGUUGCUUUAAUGAUCAAACUGCAGAUUAUAUUUUAUUAAACUAACGCUCUGAUUGGUUGAUUCAAUGAGUGAUAAAGGAGAGGCGGAGCU